CUCCGCGAUCCUCGUUUCUAGAGCAAAUCGACUCGCGAGCGAUUCAUUCGCAAGUGCAGUGAAUUUGUAUUUACUGUGCAUUCAUUCUCUAUAACCGUAAAGGGAUACAGUAUUAUUCUUCUAAUCAUAAUGUUGCAAAAGCCUUUUACCAAUUGAAAUGGCAGUGCCAGCCCCCUCAGCAUUCCUCUUUCUGCUGCUGAGAUACUCUUCACCCCGGUGGUCUGUGAUAGUUCCUGUCUUGAAGAAAUUCGGUUAACCAUGUCUUCCAACGCCAGUGCCGAGGAGCAACCUUUACUCAAGAGUAGCAACAACAACAAUAUCGUGAACGGCAUGGGCAAAGGACUUAGUUGGGAGAGCAAAGAUCAUAGGGACCAUGUGUCUGACUUGCACAUCCAUGUGGACAGCUUGCAUAACGGACUGAGUAGACGAGAAAAGAAUGGAGAGGCACACAGCUCUCCCGAUUGCUCUGUCAAAAUCAACCUACCUCCCCCAGAAAGGGAAGAGCCUCGCUUUCCGCCAGAAAAGUUUAAGACAUUCUUAGGUUUUGUGUUCUUGUCCUGCAACAUGGCUUGGACACUGACAGUGCUUGCCAUUGUUCAUGAGAGGAUGCCAGACCGGGCCACGACACGUCCUCUUCCUGAUAUAUUUUUUGACAUUUUCCCCCCAGUUGACUGGGCUUUAGAUGUAUCUGAAGUGAUCAUUAUAAUCUCUGUGUGGUUAACUGUACUUAUGAUAAUCAUGCACAAACACAGGUUCAUCAUUUUACGAAGAUGUUUUGUAAUAAUUGGCCUCCUAUAUUUCAUGCGCAGUAUUACAAUGUUCGUAACUCAAGUUCCCGUAGCAAGCACAACAUAUUAUUGUUCUCCAAAAGCCAAUACUACAAGCCCCCUCAUUAUUCUAAAGAGAGUCCUAAGUAUGAUGUCAGGGUUUGGAUUAUCUAUAAAUGGAAAACACACUUUUUGUGGAGAUUAUAUAUACAGUGGCCAUACUGUGGUGUUAACUAUGUCUUAUUUAGUAAUUAGAGAAUACAGCCCAAGGAGGUUUUAUUUGCUGCAUUGGUUUGUGUGGCUGGCAAGUUGUAUAGGUAUUUUCAUGGUGCUGCUGUCUCGUGGUCACUACACAGUCGAUGUUGUCCUAGGAUAUUAUGUCACAACUAGAGUAUUUUGGAUUUAUCAUACAAUGGCUAAUAAUGCCGCCCUCAAAGUACCUGGAACUAACAAUUUUCUGUCAAGAAUCUGGUGGUUUUCUAUUUUUAAUUAUUUUGAAAAGAAUGUGGGAGGUGUUGUGCCCAGGCAGUAUGAGUGGCCUCUGCCUUGGCCCCGCAGGUUUUCCCGUCAUACACGGAUAUCCUAGCACAGUUGAAUAUGUGGUUAGCAAGGAUGUCGUGGACGUUCUGCAGCUAGCCACUCUACUCUGACAUCAUAUAGUGGACUCCCUAAUUUCUAUUUUCUUUUAUGUAAAAGAGAUCUGAACUCAUCUGCCAUAUGAGAUGCUGAAUUAAAUGGCUUUAACAAAUAUCGAGCAUUAAAUACUGUCUAUUCAAAAAAAAUGACAAAACAUAAGUGCAAGACAUCUAAACUCUUCAAACUGGCUUGAAGCCUAGUUGAUUGAUUAUGAAAUCAGUUAAUGUAUCAGUGCAUUGCUUCACUGUAAUUCCUCAGACAGGGACUUUUAUGAGGUUUUUGUGCUGAAGUAACUUUCUUUUUAAAAAAAAAUUGGCCACAGAGAAAGCUGCUCAAUUUACUAUUUGUGUUGAUCAUUCCGGUUUUUAAGCAGUUAGAGAAUUAAAUUUCAACUUUCUCUUAGUUUUCGACUUCUGAGUGUUUUUCUUUGUGUGACUGAUUUUUUAAAAUUCUUUUGCAUUCUGUAAAAUUACGUAUCUUUCUAUUUAAUGAUUGAAUUGUGAUGGAUCUGAGUAUUUUUAUCCUUAAAUAUUAGGAUUUUAGCUAUGAAUUUUUCAUCUUCAAAUUACUAUAUAUUUAAGUGUGAUAUUUCUCCUCAAAGUAUCAAGUUAUUUUAAAAACUGAGCAUUAUUAUUUUGCAUCUUAAUUUCAAAAUAAUAAUAAAAUAAGACUUGUAUCGACUCUGGA